AUGAAGUCCUACAUGAGUCUCUACGAAGAUUGCGAUCGGCUACCAGAAUACCGCGAAUCGUGCUAUAAAUUCCUCAUAGAAGGUUUCUCCGGCACCUUUGGUUAUCUCAUCCCUGCGACUGUUCAAAGCUUCUCAUGGGGCAAGCAUUGGGAGAUCGACCACGACUAA